AUGGGAGGGCAACCUUCAGAUACAUAUGCGCUCAGGUUGAAUCAACAGAGUAUAAACAAGCCCUUAAAAGUACAUCAUUAUAUGACGAGAAGGGAAAUACGAACAUAUUUUGGCGUUGACACACAUGAAAAAGUUCCCGAGUAUGACGUCACAAGCCCGUUCCAAGCGGAUGAAUCCGGUAACUUUCUCAGCUACAAACUGCAUGAGCAUGCGCGACGAAAGAGAGACGCCAGUCAUGACGAACCAAACCUUUGGUACUAUCAAGUGCAGGCAUUUGGUGUGUCCCUUCAUUUAAAUCUCACCAAAAAUAAUAAUCUCCUAGCACCCGGCCUGGUGGUUGAAAAGAUAAAUAAGAAUGGCAGCAAGGAAUAUAGUGAACCGCCGCACUCCGCCUUCUACGCUGGACACGUGACUUCAGAUCCCAACUCAGUGGUUGCUAUUGGCAACCAUGAUGGACUGAAAGGAAUUAUUAAUCACUUUGGAAGUUCCUUCUUUAUGCAACCGUUACCUUCCCGCCUCGCAAGGUACCAUGGUGUUUCUAGUGGUUCUCAGCCACAUCUCAUUUUCCGGCGAUCUUUGGAUAAUGAAGAGAGCAGAUUUGGAGUCAUAGAAACACAGUUAAAAAGGAGUUCAUUAUUAAAGAAGGAAACAAGCAGAAGCUUCUCGAGUUCUAGAAAAUCAAGAUCCGUCCCAGACAAACAUCUGGAGGUUCUACUGGCAGCUGAUCAUCUGUAUUUGAAUAAAUUCCACAGCGAUAAAGAAGCCACGGAUCUGCUUUUAACACUAGCUAACAUUUUAAAUGCAAUGUAUCAUGACGAAAGCAUUGGGGAUAUCAAAGUGACCGUCUCAGUUGUGAAGAUAGUACUGCUUCAUCAUGGCCUAAGUUACACUAGUAAGGCAACAUCAGGACAAAGGCUGAGUUCCAUGGAAGUUUGGAUUGGUGGUAAUAUGCCAGAGUCAGACGCUGAUAAAGAACAUGGAGACCAAGUUCUGCUUGUCAGCGGCCAAGGAUUUGGAGGCUUAGCUCAAAGUGGAUCAACCUGCAAGGGGUAUGGGGCAAGUGUAAGCAAUGGUGACCUGGGCUUAGCGACCGCCUUAAUCAUGGCUCACGAAAGUGCACACGCCCUUGGUGUUGGUCACGACGGUAACAAAGAAGCUGGUUGUCCAGACAACACGUUCAUCAUGUCCACCACAACAGCGGGAGGGAAAAAUGCCUUCAGGUGGUCUCCCUGCAGUAGCACUACCGUACAGUCUUUCCUAAGCGGUUCAUCUUCGUCUUGUUUAAACGACCACCCUCUCAAAGAUGUUUCCGGAUCAAGAGCCAAUCAUAAUAAAUUACCUGGUCAAGUGUACGACAGCGAUGCACAAUGCGCACUUCAGUUUGGUGCCAGCUAUAAACUGUGUCCAAGGAUGAGGUCGAGUUGCGGCUCUUUGUAUUGCACAAAGGACGGCGGUGCCUCUUGUGUGAGCAGCGUUGUGCCACAAGCAGAUGGUUCAAAAUGCGGUGAAAGACAGUGGUGCAUUAAAGGAGAAUGCGUUGAUGACGGAUCGCCGAUGAUUGACGGAGGUUGGAGUCAGUGGUCAAGCUAUGCAGAAUGUUCAUAUUCCUGUGGUGGUGGUGCACAUUACAGAACAAGAAAUUGCACUGAUCCCCCGUAA